CCUUCUUGGAAUGGACUUCUGUGUGGAGGAAAUGUUGGAUUCAUACAUAGGUGAAGGGUUGGGUGGUGUUCGCUUUGUUGGGAUAUGUGGGAUGGGUGGAAUGGGCAAAACAACCCUUGCACAUGAAAUUUAUAGAAGAAUUUCUGGUAACUUUGAAGCUAGAAGCUUUAUUGCUAAUAUUAGAGAAGAAACUAAAAAUCAAGGUCUAGUUUCUUUACAAAAACAACUUCUUUCUAAGAUCCUCAUGGAAAGUGAAAUAAAUAUAUGGGAUGUUUGUGAGGGAAUCAAUGUUAUAAAGAAUACACUAUGUAAUAAAAAUGUUUUUAUUAUUCUUGAUGAUGUGGAUGGUGAUGAGCAAUUAGAAGCAUUGGCAAGGAAGCAUGAUUGGUUUGGUCUUGGAAAUAGAAUCAUUGUAACAAGCAAAGAUAGCCAUUUAUUGAUAAAAUGUGGUGUGGAUUACAUAUAUACAGCCAAGGCAUUGAAUAAUGAUGUUGCUUUGCAGCUUUUUAGUUGGAAAGCUUUUCAUAAACCUCAUCCUGAAGAAAAUUAUGUGAAUUUGUCUAAGGACUUUGUGAAUUUUGCUAAAGGGGCCUUCCUUUAG